AAUCGAUUCAAUUCCUCACUUGAACAAUUCCACACCUCUGGUGGACCCCUCGGUGUAUGGAUAUGGAGUGCAGAAACGGCCCCUGGAUGAUGGAGUAGGUAACCAGUUAGGGGCCUUGGUACAUCAAAGGGCAGUAAUAACAGAAGAAUUCAAAGUUCCUGAUAAAAUGGUCGGAUUCAUUAUUGGCAGAGGAGGUGAGCAGAUUUCACGAAUUCAAGCCGAAUCUGGUUGCAAAAUUCAGAUUGCUUCAGAGAGCUCUGGGAUUCCAGAGAGGCCCUGUGUACUUACCGGAACCCCAGAAAGUAUUGAACAAGCCAAACGACUCCUGGGGCAGAUUGUGGACCGCUGUCGGAAUGGACCUGGCUUUCACAACGACAUGGAUGGCAACAGCACGGUCCAGGAGCUCCUCAUUCCUGCAUCCAAAGUGGGCCUGGUCAUCGGCAAAGGCGGGGAGACCAUAAAGCAGCUGCAGGAGCGGACAGGUGUGAAAAUGGUCAUGAUCCAGGACGGCCCGUUGCCCACGGGAGCAGACAAGCCUCUUCGCAUCACUGGAGACCCAUUUAAAGUACAGCAAGCGAGAGAAAUGGUACUAGAGAUCAUCCGAGAGAAAGACCAAGCUGACUUUCGAGGUGCGCGCGGCGAUUUCGGCUCCCGAGUGGGAGGAGGCAGUAUAGAGGUUUCCGUGCCUAGGUUUGCUGUUGGGAUUGUAAUAGGAAGAAAUGGGGAAAUGAUCAAAAAGAUCCAGAACGAUGCUGGUGUGAGGAUUCAGUUUAAACCAGAUGACGGGAUUAGUCCAGAGAGAGCUGCCCAGGUCAUGGGCCCGCCAGAUCGGUGUCAGCACGCUGCACACGUCAUCAGUGAGCUGAUUCUCACAGCCCAGGAAAGAGACGGCUUUGGAGGCCUGGCCGUAGCCAGAGGACGAGGCCGCGGUCGAGGCGACUGGAGCGUGGGAACCCCUGGCGGCUUCCAGGAGAUAACGUACACAGUGCCCGCAGACAAGUGCGGCCUUGUCAUCGGCAAAGGGGGCGAGAACAUCAAAAGCAUAAACCAGCAGUCAGGAGCCCACGUGGAGCUUCAGCGGAACCCCCCUCCCAACACCGACCCUGGCCUGCGAAUAUUCACCAUCCGGGGCAUCCCUCAGCAGAUCGAGGUGGCCAGACAUCUCAUAGAUGAGAAAGUUGGCGGUACCAGCCUGGGAGCACCCGGAGCCUUCGGACAGAACCCUUUCAGCCAGCCUCCUGCUGCCCCUCAUCAAAAUGGUCCCCCGGCCUUUCUGACCCAGGGCUGGGGCAGCACCUACCAGGCGUGGCAGCAGCCAGCACAGCAGGUCCCAGGCCAGCAGCGCCAGCCGCAGAGCAGCCAGCCCGACUACAGCAAGGCCUGGGAGGACUACUACAAAAAGCAGAGUCACGCUGCCAGCGCUGCCCCUCAGGCCAGCUCCCCACCAGACUACACGAUGGCCUGGGCAGAAUAUUACAGACAACAGGUCGCUUUCUACGGGCAGACGCUAGGGCAAGCUCAGGCCCACAGCCAGGAACAAUAGGACAGCGCCCGCCCGCACGGCUGCUCUUCCCUCCGACCAGUGUGACAGGAAACCUGUUUGUAACAGAGGUUUUUAGAUUUGCAAACCUUUUGAUGAAGAACCUUGUUUUAUUCUGUGAAACACUAUAUUUAGAUUAACAGAAUUUUUCUAAAAAUCGGGAAAAUUAGUUACUAAAAAUUGCUGAUCAUUUUCGUCAUUAUUUCUGUUUGUUUCAAGUGUGUAAGCUCUGGGAUUCUUUUUGGAGCAAUACCUGCAAAUCCAGGCACCAGAUUGUGCCACAGAGCAGUGACAUUUCAACAUGGUGUUUUUGGUUUUUGUUUUGUUUUGUUUUGUUUUGUUUUCUGUGUCUUUUUAUUUACAGUUUUUUUCUGUUGCAACAGAAAGUGGCUUGGAAGACUUAGGUGGUAUGUAACGAAUUCUUUUUAAAAAUUUUUAAACAGUAUUUAAAUAUUCUUAAAUGUGUAAAUUCAUUAAAUGUUUUACUUCUAAUUUCUUGUAUCUUGGCUGUCUGGUUUUAUUGCAUUUUUUUUAAAAAAAAACUGAACUAUGAUGUAUUGUAAUUAAUUAUGUGAAUUCUGAAUUGAGACAUAAUUGUAUUGCUGUCCAACAGGGGUUGGGAGGGGGUGUUUUAUAGGGUUUGUAUAAUUUCUAGAGUUCUAAAGGCGUAAUAUAAAAUGUGUUCAUGUGUUUAGCGGAUGUUUUUCUUAUGUCUCCAUUUACCGGCUGCAAUUGUGUAUCUAAGACCUCCAAGCUUGUUUUAAAAACAAAACAAAAAACAUUUCUCUAUUCUCUCAGAAAUAUAAAUACUGUUAUUUUUAAUAUUAAAAAGAAAUUCAGUAUAACUUUUAACAAACACUGUGGAACAUUAAACCGUAUGAAAAUGUAGUAACUAUUUUUUAAUUCCAAGGUGUUUUUGCUUUUCUCUUUUAAAUAUUUUCUUAAUAUGUGUCAGAUUAACUAGAUGAAUAAAUAAAUCUAGUAUUAACCACAGUAUGAAUUAAAUAAUUUUGAUUUAAUAAAAGGGAUAAUAUGAUUUUCAAUGUUUACUGUAGCGUAUCUUGUACAGAUAACAUGUAUUUUUAAAGGAAAAAAAAAAAACGGAAUUGAAGCUAUUUUUUCUUGCAUUUUUAAUU